CGGAGGCGUGGAUCCAACUGUAGCAUGCAGGCAGCAGGCGGCAGCAGGCAGCGGCACUCUCCACGCUGCCAACACCGGCUCCUCCGCUCCGCUGGGAGGGGAGGAGGAUUCACAAAACUGCAGCAAUCGCCUUCGGUGUGUCGCCUGUUCCCGUGGAGGUGCAGUAGUAAUGCAGCCUCAAAAACACGGGCCAGCCCCCACCCCACACCCCCUCACUCCCGCCUCCUCCUGCCCCGGCUCGCUGUGUAGACUGUAGACGGUCGACUUCAGUCGCAUUGUCGGCGUUGUUUCUGGACUGUUGUGUCCCGCAGUGACCAUCGACUGACUGCAGCAAGUAGUCAACCCCCGUUCGUGCCCAGUGGAGCCCAGAGAGCUCAGGCAUGCCAUCUGUCUCGACUGGAAACAUUGUUGCAUGGACCGACAGUCGCUUUACUACUUGAGGGGAGCCAAAGUUGCUGCAAUGGAGACUUCUGGGAGUGAUGCAGCGGUCACAUACUUGGGGAAAGCUGAGGAAAGAGACGGAUACUAUGACCUGGAGCACCUGCCUCCACUGCUGGAGGAUGAGGAGAAUGUGUCUCUGGCAGACAUUCUGUCUUUGCGGGACAGCUGUCUGUCUGAGGAGGAGGUGUGGGCGGUGUGUGCAGAGUGCGUCCUGGCGCUGCAGAGUAUCCGACCCUCCCACCUCUUUCACACGCUGUGCAUAACACCAGACACCCUGGCCUUCAACGCCCAUGGGAAUGUUUGCUUCAUGGAGCAGCUGAGUGAUGAUCCAGAAGGCUCCUUCGUGCCUCCUGAAUUGGACACCACAGGCAGCACGUUUGAGGGCCAUGUUUACUCUCUGGGCUCGACGCUUUCUGCCGCACUGAGCUUUGUCAUCGAGCCAGAGCUGGAGGCGGAGCUGGGGGAAGAGAUCCAGAGGCUGUUGGAGCAGAUGCAGGAGGAGAAGCCCGAGAGCAGGCCCCUCCUACAGGACAUCCUGUCUCUGGCUGAAGCAAGGCUGUCUCAUACCUCCUCUGCAGCUGUGUGCCGAAAACUGUCCUCCAUUGGGCGUCGGGUGCUCUCCAUCGAAUCCGUGUCAACCUUUCAAGAUGGACAGGAAGGCUCCUGGGAGGCAAGAUGGCAGCAUCCCAAACCCAGAUGUCUGCUUACAAGACUGAGCUCGGAUGAUAAUACCAAAGACCUGUGUGUUGACACUUCUGUUAAAGCAAAUGGUCUGUCUAGGCAGCAGGUGUGCGGCGGCUGGGACUCCUCUCUCUGGGCGGAGGAUAUGGACAGCGGUGAAGGAGACGACCGGAUCUUGGCAGAUGAGUUGGACUGCAGGUCCCACAACAGCUCCCCAGUGAGGAGGAGAGCCCAGCAGAGGCUGAACAGAGUGAGGGGGGCUCUGAACCGCUCCUGCUCUGUCCCAGACUCCAACAACCCCCCUUGUCUUUCCCCUCAAACUCACGGAGAUAUCAGUAUACCCAACCUAUUAGCCUAUCUAUGCCUGGACACACUGCAUGUGGGCUGCGAGGGAGAAGUACUUUUCCUGAAACCUAAAAACAUUGGAUCCCGAGAUGAGUUUUUUCUCGCUCCUGAAUAUCAAGAACAUGGAAUUGUGACUGAGAAGGUUUGUGUGUAUGGCGUUGCUGCUAUUCUCUUGAGGCUAAAAACAAAUUUUAAAAAAUAAAAAAAAAAGCACCCCCAAAGCAAGUUUUCCCAAAGCGCCAAGUUUUUGAAAAGACUGCUCCUGGAGAUGGCAAAGAGGAUGCCCAUUGAGAGACCUACCAUCAUCAUGGCUAAAAAAAGCUGUCGUGACUACUUAUCUUGUCAAGGGACAAAUGCCGAGACUGUGUGGAACAAUCUCAUCAGCAGAGUUCACCCGCCAGCCGCAAAAUCCAGUGAUGCAGACGAUUUGAGUGCGCCUGAAACUUUACAGAGCUCAUUUGAAGACUCUGCGCUAAACAGUGGCUUUGUGCCCAUGGCCACUGAGAGCCGACUGGCUCCUGUGCCUGGCCCUGUUCCCCACAGCUAUCCAGUCAACAAGGAACUCCAACUCCCAGAAGCCUUCACCUCCACUGCCACACACUUCACCCCCAUCAUCCUGACCAAUGAAGGGGACUCAGAGGAGGAGAUCCGACACCUUGGAGCUGCCAUUGAAGGGACUGUGGAUGGAUUUACAAAAAGCAGUGAACACAUCGAGGAACGGGGCCUCGAUUUCCCUUCCCACUCUGAGUACUCGUAUCCGACACAUACUGAACCCACUCUACGUACACAAGAGUCGCCUGUUAAUCAAGAAACCACAACAUCCAGCAACAAGAUGCCGGCCAACUCUACUUCUACUCUCACUGAUAUUUCAUGUCUUGACUCUCUUCCUCUGCCAUUAUCCACUAACAUCAGUGGUUGUGGUGUUUUCAACAAUUACAUCUUCCGUCAGGAUCCCACAACAGGAGAUCUUUCCUUAGUGCCUGUGCAGGUUAGGGCUCCAGAGUCUCUCCUCGGGUUGAAUAUCAAUCUCUCCCUGGUGCCACAGCCUCUACAGGGACUAAUCAAAGUUCCAGAGAGCACUGAUGGUGAUGGUCCAUUCAUUAACUGUCUGAAUGGGCCUUUGAGGCCUGGACCCUAUGAUUAUCACCCACAGUCAUCUAAUUUCAGUGGUAGCUCCAUCAUUUCUGACCGCCCCCUGGAGCACAGUGUACCCAGAGCUUACAAUGGAAAAACAAAUCCGGGAGCUCGGGCUGAGAAGCAGUCUUCUUCAGAGUCCACCCCCCCUAAAGUCCACCCCGCCCUACAGGAGGUGAUUGACCUGCUCAAAGGAGAGUUUUCACUUGAUGCGUGUUUGGACAAUGGACAUGAGGACAUUGCCAUGGGGGAGUACAUCUUCUCUUUGAAGGACCUCCAGAACCACACGUUUGCCAGUGUUGUGAAGGAGAGGUUCAGUGAUCUGUACUGGGAAGACGACUUGCUAGGUGUAUUGCACUGCCUGGUCAACUACAGCCCAUCAACACUCGGCUCUAAUGAGCACCCUCUAUCAAAGGCUGUGAAAAGGGCAGCCCUUACCCCACCCCUGAUAGCCACCGUCUGGGGAGGGAAGAGAGAAGUUUGCCUGCAUGGUUGUCUCGACCUGAAUGGAAACAUUAACACAUCCAGUCCCGCUGCUGCUGUGGAUUGUUGGGAAGGAACCGAGGCCCAGCCCUGUCACGGAGAAAAUGAGGCUGCGCUUGAAGCUCUUGAAUUAAGAACGGAGGAGAGUCAACAGUGCAUCUGUCAAGGUGUGAGCACGGACAGUUGGGACACGGGGGUCAUGGAGGGAGGAGAUCAUUCAGCGGGGGGCAGCGAUGAAAGCCCCUCUGAAGCUGAGUUUCUGUCGGUGAGAGAGGAAGGGCUGCCGGGGGCCCACGAGGAGCAGAUGAGCCCCGACUGCUCCGAGGACAUGGAGGACAGUGACUCUCUGGUGUCGGAGCGACUCCUCUCGCCCGGAUCCAGAGCAGAGGGACUGGGACUCGGCUUCAGCCCGGCCUGGUCCUUGGCCUUCUUUGGAGAAGACUGUUUCAGUCUGGAGGUGAUCCAGUACGCGGUGAAUCUGGGGCAGCACACAGGAUCCCCACGUCUGGAUGUGAAAACACAGGAACUGCAGCAGCAGCUGAUGAUUGAAACAAGGAAUCUAAAGAAAACGAGAAAGUUCUAUCAGAAGCUGUUUCAACAGGAGAUAAAAAACAAAGGUUCUGACAACAAACUGAUGCUGUCCAAACUCACGUCCCAGUUUGAGGAACUUCGGUCCAAAGUGGUCUUCUUGGAUUGUGUGAAGAAAUACCUUGAGAUUCUGAGUGUGGACCAGUGGGGUUUGGAGGUUUCAUUGCUGCCGUCUUUGGCUGUCUGUGGACCUGGCUCUCUGGACAUCCAGUCCUCUGAGGACCCGUCUGUUAUGAGCUUUGGUACCAGCAAAGGGAAGAGCACUCUGCUAGCUGGGUCUCCUCUGGGCCUCAUGGCUUACCUCUACGCCAGAAAUGCAGCUGUGGAGGGCUACAUCCAGCAGUUCCUGUACACCUAUCGUUUCCUCUGCACUCCUGAGAAGUUACUGCAGUUCAUAACUGAUAAAUUCAUCGGUGCUGCAAGACAGGGUCCAGACAUGUCAGGAGACAGUGAAAAGAUCUUCCAUCGCAGUCUGGACCUGCUCCACAUCUGGAUAACAGAGUGUAAACGGGUGGACUUCACCCCCCAGAGGAAGUCCAGCCUGGUGGAAACGUUAGAAAACUUCCUUAAUGCUGAGGUGAUUCCUGUAGACAGCCGAGGGGAGGCCCUUCUCGCUGCUCUCCACAGCCCUCCUUCAACGACUUUGAUCCAAGGAAGAGGAAGCCUAAUCAGCUUUGAGGAAGAUGAUGAUUCUACGGGUGUGCAUUCAUCUACUGAGGAUCUUGGGAGAAAGUGGAGGUUCUCGAGAGUGGUGGAGCCGUCUGCAUCCCUGCCUAAAGACAAGACCUUCUCCAUCGCCACGGCGCUGCCUAUGCCUUUCUACGGCUCCCUGGUGGCGGGCCUCUCCAACGUCUGCCUGCACAGUGAGGAGCCGCUCCCCUUCAGCCAGAACGAAUACAGCGCACAGCACAUCAGCCAGCAGCUCACCCUGCUGCAGCAGGAAAUGUUCCAAGGAUGUCAUCCAGUUCAUUUCCUCAACUCCAGAAUACAAGGAGUCAGGGACAAAGUGUCGACCCCAAACAGGAACGUGUCCCAGCAUAUCCCGCCAGCAGAGGGCAGCGCUCCGCCUCUAUGUGAGGACGGAGUCCUCCGGCGGCUGCUCACACACGCUGACAGUGUUUCUAACUGGAUCUCGGCUGAAAUAGUCAUCUGUGACUCGGUUAAGACACAAGUUGCAUUGCUGACCAAGUAUCUGUGGAUAGGAAAACACUGCUACGAAUCAAGGAACUUUGCCACAGCCAUGCAGGUCCUCGGAGGUCUGGAGAACGUGAUUGUCAGGCAGUUACCAGCUUGGAAACAGCUGUCUUCCAAGGUGUGUGAGAUCCUGGAGGAGCUGCGAGCUGUGCAGGUGUUUCUGAAGAGUGACGACCUCUGUCUGAUGGGGGGGGAACCCAGGAGGAGGAGGCCCACCCUGCCGUCGGUGCGCAUCCUGGCCAUGCACGUCCAGAAGCUGGAGAUCGGAGCCUUCACGCUCACCACCGGAGCUUACAAGUGGCCCAAGCUCAGGAGCAUAGCAAAGGUUGUGAGUCAGGUCCACGCCCUUCAGGAGGCUGCGUACCCCUACAGCCCGGACCGGGAGCUGCAGGCCUACCUUCGGCGCCGCAUCGCCCGGCUCGCCACCUCUGACAUCCACCUAUUGGCCGCCGACAACGAUGCCAACUUCCAGCAGUCCAGCGAGCGACAGACACGGAGGAUCCAGGACACGCUGAAGAGGGUUAGGGCCACUUUCCAAUGAGUCCUGCCCCCCCCGGUCACAUCUAACAGCCCAGAGCGAGUCACCUCCACCAGGCCAACGCCUGAUGUCCAAGCCCAGACUGAGGCUCCAUGCCCAUGCCACGACCCUCGCAUGUCUCUGUUGUCCAGACAGCAGAGCCUUGCGGACUGGAAAGCUUUUUCUGCUGUCAUAUGUUCACUAUCCGCAAAGGCCCCUUAAUCUAAAGUAACUAAUAUAUAUGUAACUUUUAAAUGUUGCUGAAACUGUAUAAUUUUCCAUGUGAUGAUCUUAAUCUGAGCUGUAACAGCAAACGAGACUAACAGUGAAAUGAACGCUAGUUUUCUAUAUUUUUUAUUAAUGCCUCUGCCCCGGUCCGAUUUUUCCCGCAAAGUCCA